AUGUGGGUUUCUCGAGCGGUUCGAAUUCCUCGAAAACCAUUUGUCGAUCUUGAUUAUGCUCGACAUAUGCCAAAUUCUUAUGUCGAACGGGAAAAACGAACAGUUCCUAGAAAAGUGUAUACGGAUAGAUUUGGAGCACCGGAUAUCAAACAAUAUUAUAUUCAUCCAGAAGAUUAUGUACAUUCUGAAAAACGACCAUGGGAAGAUCAACAAUUGACUAAAUAUAUCAAGAGACAGGAUUCGUAUUUUGGAUCACAGUAAGUAUUCUCAAACAAUUUUCGAAAUAAAUUCUAAGAUAAAAGGAAGAGUUUCACGUUAAAAAAAAACAAAAUCAAUGAUUUCAUAAAAUUAUUUAUAAAAUAAGUUUGAAAUUUUUCAUGAAAAUUAACGUCGCUAAAUAAAAAUACUUUAUUUUCAAUUUAGAAUUUCCAACAAGUAUUUCGAACUUCGUCGACCAACUUCGAAACGAAUGAAAGAUGUUGAAUGGACAUUUUUCCCUGGAGAUCUUGUUCAAGUUAUGGUUGGAAAAGACAAAGGAAGACAAGGAUUGAUUAUGUCGGUUUCCAGAGAAACAAGCGAGGUAUUUUCAGAUAAAAAGACUUUAAAUAAAUUUCAGAAAUUUUCAGGUUAUUGUUGAUGGUCUCCAUACUCGCCUUGGUGAAGAUAUGGAAAAUAGUGAAAGACUUGGAGUUGAUAAAACCCUUCGAUGGAAAGAACAACCAUUAUCAGUUUUGAAGAAUCAUGUUAUGCUUGUUGAUCCGAAUGAUGAUUCACCUUGCACUGCAAAGUAGGUUUUUAGUUUGAAAAAAAUAGCAUAGACAAUUUAUUAUUUUCAGAUGGCAAUUGAACGCCGCUGCUGAUGAAUAUAUUCGAGUUUCAACUAAAUCAGGUUAUGAAAUUCCAAUUCCAUCGCAAGCCAAAGUUACUUAUGAAUAUUUACAACCAGAAAACUAUAUUGGUAAAUAAUUCAUUAUUUUCAUUUUGAAUAUUUAUUGUUAAAUUUUCAGAAGUUGAAGGAAAAGAUACUCCAGCUGAUGCAGUUUUGGAAAGAACUUAUCAUCCAAAAGUUGCGAGUUUUGAACAAGAAAUAAUGAAUGAUAUGGGAAUUAAAGACGAAAAACAACCAGCUCCGACUUAUUGGUAUUAA